AUGUCUGAUUCAUCAUCUAUCUCAUCUGAAACCAUAUAUGAUGAGUUUAACAGCCCCAUCAACCACAACACCCCAGCAACGAAGAAACACGUUUACGAACUGUUGUCUAAUGUUGAUUUAUCAAUCAAAAAAAUAAAUCAACUCACCUCGCGUGAAAGAAACGGUGGCCUAUAUCGACUAUCACUUUACUUAGGAAAAGAUAUCCCAAAAGAUACCAAGGACAAAAUCAUCAAACUAAUCGUUGAAAGCGACUGUUGCACAAUCCCAAACGUAGAUGUCACUAAUGCCGUACUAAAGGAUACAGUCCAAACAUCAACAUCAAACACACAAAAACCCGCCCCAAUUGCAAAUCCAAUCGAUGACCAGAAAAAUCAUAUUCCAUUGGGUGACUCCAUUUUCUCACCAAUUCAAUCAAAAAUUAGAGCUACCCUCGAUUCAAUGGAUUCACCAAAAACACCAACUUUUUCCUCAAUCCAAAACAAAAACAAAUCACCAUUGACUCAAAUAACAAUUGCUAACUUCGCCAAAUCAGUUGAAAAUAAUAAUCCACAAAUAUCAAUCGGGUCAAUUCCAAUUGUGGCCAAUAAAGAGUCACAACAAAAACCAACAAAAAAAACCACUACUACCACCGCAAUCCCAAAUCUACCACCAACUCGUUCUAGAAGCAGUACUUUCCCUGCUCCCAAAACAAACCCACCUCAAAGCCAUAUCAAUACCAGUCAAUCAAUCAAACUUCAAAUUCCAAAACCUAGAAAAUCUAAUGAAGGAAAUCAUCGUCUUUUACAAAAGACACCAAAUGGAAUACCUGAAUAG